CCCAUGAACAUGGAAAGCAAAAUACAGAUCCUGAGUUGUGUAACGACAUUUUCUGUGAUGCGUACUUACCGACCUGUUCCAACCACUGCCACAACACCCAGCACUGUCCUUUCAAAUUAGCCGAGCGGAGUCAUAUGACUUAGGACUCGGAGUUCCUGCUCCGCUGUCACAUGACCAAAGAAGAGUUUCGGGAGGAUUUGUCAGAAGGAUUUGAGUUACAUCGAUAUAGCCUGUGUGAACCCGCCGAAAUGAGCUUUCUUGGGGGAUUAUUUGGUCCUGUGUGUGACAUUGAUGUCCUCCUGAAUGAUGCGGAUACCAGGAAGACGGCAGAGUUCAAGACAGAAGAUGGGAAAGUGGAAAAGCACUUCCUGUUCUAUGACGGUGAGACAGUUUCAGGCAAGGUAAACCUCGCAGUGAAGCAGACAGGGAAAAGACUAGAACACCAGGGGAUCCGGAUUGAAUUUGUGGGUCAAAUUGAGUUGUUCAGUGACAAGAGCAACACGCAUGAGUUUGUGAACCUUGUGAAGGAGCUGGCCCUACCGGGGGAGUUGACACAGAACCGCAGCUAUGACUUCGAGUUCAUGCAGGUGGAGAAGCCCUAUGAGUCCUACAUUGGAGCCAACGUUCGACUGAGAUAUUUCCUGAAAGUAACGAUAGUGAGAAGACUGUCGGACCUGGUGAAAGAGUAUGACCUCAUAGUCCAUCAACUGGCGACAUACCCCGAUGUUAACAACUCUAUCAAAAUGGAAGUGGGCAUCGAGGACUGCUUGCACAUAGAAUUUGAAUACAACAAGUCCAAAUACCACUUGAAAGAUGUAAUUGUGGGCAAAAUCUACUUCCUCUUGGUAAGAAUUAAAAUCCAACAUAUGGAGCUACAGUUGAUCAAGAAAGAGGUGACUGGAAUAGGACCUAGUACAACUACAGAAACUGAGACCAUUGCAAAGUAUGAAAUCAUGGAUGGAGCUCCAGUUAAAGGGGAAUCCAUUCCUAUUCGACUGUUCCUGGCUGGCUAUGACCUCACUGCUACCAUGAGAGAUGUCAACAAGAAAUUCUCUGUGCGGUACUUCCUCAACUUGGUGUUAGUGGAUGAGGAAGAUAGGAGAUAUUUCAAGCAACAGGAGGUUGUUUUGUGGAGAAAGGCCCCAGAGAAACUGAGGAAACGCAAUUUUCACCACCAGCGCUAUGAGUCUCCUGAGCCUCGGGCGAUGCUUUCUGCUGAGCAGCCAGAAAUGUGAAGAACCAGGAUGAGGGAGGUGGGGUGGAGUCUCUGCAGAGCAGCAAAUUGGAAGAGUGGACAGGGGAAACCAACCAAAUAUAUUAAAACAGAUAGAGGCCAAAAAAUGACCAUGUCCUGCAAAGUCUCACCGUCUUACUUCCAUCUGAUUCUGCUGCAUCCACUACACCAAACAUUCUUCUAGCAUCUGUGGACUGUUCUUGUAAAAAAAAAUAUAAAUAAAUAAACAAACAAAAAAAAACAAAACACAAAGAAGCUAUACAAACACUGGAACAUUCAGGAGCUGCCAUUUCUUUUAUACUGCACAUUUACCCCUCUCUUGCGCCUCUUUUCCUAUUAAAAAUAAUUGCACUUGGUUAUGCAAGAAGAUCAAAAACAGGUAAAGGAAAUUGGUUUAUACACAUUUCAAAGUAUGUUCCAAUGCAUGUUGGUGGGGUAAUUUAUGACUUGAGAGUUAUGAUAUAGGCCUUUGGACCUGCUCAUAGAAACACUACAUGACAAGUGGCAUAUUGUUUGUUUUCCCUGGGUGCCAUAUUCAUAAUUUACUGCU